AAUUGGUUCCACGUGAUCAGAUCUCUCCCAAAAAAAAAAAUUUUUUUUUUUAGACUUUUCAAAAGCUGUAUCAAUUGAUGAGAGGUGAAACAAGUUGGUAUCUAUUUUUGAAUUAGUUCUUAGAAGUCUAACGUAUAUCUAUAAUGUCUACUCAAGAAGGUGAUGCCGAAAAGAAUAUUGAGAUCUGGAAGGUCAAGAAGUUGAUCAAGUCAUUGGAAGCUGCAAGAGGUAAUGGUACUUCUAUGAUUUCAUUGGUUAUACCUCCAUCAGGUCAAAUAUCAUUGAUUCAAAAGAAAUUAACUGAAGAAUAUGGUACUGCUUCCAAUAUCAAAUCGCGUGUUAAUAGAUUGUCUGUUCUUUCAGCUAUUACCUCCACUCAACAAAAGUUAAAAUUAUACAAUUCUGUUCCAAGAAAUGGAUUGGUGGUCUAUUGUGGUGAUAUCAUUACCGAUGAAGGAAAAGAAAAAAAAUUGAAUAUUGAUUUCGAACCUUUCAAGCCUAUCAAUACAACUUUAUACUUAUGUGAUAACAAAUUCCAUCUUGAAGCUUUAAAUGAAUUAUUAGAAAAUGAUGAUAAAUUCGGUUUCAUUGUUAUGGAUGGUAAUGGUGCUUUAUUUGGUACUGUUUCAGGUAAUACAAGAGAAGUUUUACAUAAAUUUACCGUUGAUUUACCAAAGAAGCAUGGUAGAGGUGGUCAAUCUGCUGUUCGUUUCUCUCGUUUAAGAGAAGAAAAAAGACAUAAUUAUAUUAGAAAAGUUGCUGAAGUUGCAGUUCAAAAUUUCAUUACUGCUGAUAGAGUUAAUGUUAAAGGUUUAAUUUUAGCUGGUUCUGCUGAUUUUAAAACUGAAUUAUCAAAAUCUGAUCUUUUCGAUCUUAGAUUACAAGCAAAAAUUAUUAAAAUUGUUGAUAUUUCUUAUGGUGGUGAAAAUGGUUUUAAUCAAGCUAUAGAAUUAUCAGCUGAAACUUUAGCUAAUGUUAAAUUCGUUCAAGAAAAGAAAUUAUUAAACUUAUAUUUCGAUGAAAUUUCUCAAGAUACUGGUAAAUUCUGUUAUGGUAUUGAAGAUACUUUAAAAGCCUUAGAUUUAGGUGCUUGUGAAACCGUCAUUGUUUAUGAAAAUUUAAAUAUAAUCAGAUAUACCUUAAAAGAUAUUGAAGGUGAUCUUGUCAUUGCUCAUGCUAACCCAGAUUUACCUGAUAAAUCAUGGCAAGAAGAUAAAAAGACAGGAACUGAUAUGGAAAUUGUAAAAGAAGAAUCAUUUUUAGAAUGGUUAGCUGAAAAUUAUAGAAGUUUUGGUGCUACUUUAGAAUUCGUUACUGAUAGAUCUUCUGAAGGUGCUCAAUUCGUUCAAGGUUUUGGUGGUAUUGGUGCCAUGUUAAGAUACAAGGUUAACUUUGAUCAAUUAGCUGAUGAAUCUGAUGAUGAUGAGUAUUAUGAUGAUGACGAAGAUUUCAUUUAGAUAGUUUAAUCUACUUUUGCAUACUGCUUGUUUAUAAUUUUCUACUUUUUUGUUUUAGCGUUUCUUUUUUAAUUUUGUAUUUUAUUACAUAUUUAUUUCUAUAUUAUACA